AUGCUUAAACACCUAAGAGGACAGACCACACUCAAGAGGAGGCACACCAGAUGGUUGGAGUUUGUGGAGACUUUUCCUUAUGUGAUUAAGUAUAUGAAGGGCAAAGACAAUGUGGUGGCUGAUGCCCUAUCCCGGAGACAUACUCUUAUCUCGACCAUGGAAGCUAAGAUCAUGGGUUUUGAAUUCAUUAGAGAUUCUUAUGCCACUGAACUUGAUUUUCAAGAAGCUUUCAGGAAAACCACACAAGGAGCAUUCGGUGUUUAUUACCAGCAUGAAGGUUUCUUGUUCAAAGAAAAGAAGUUAUGCAUUCCCAAAGGCUCGAUGAGGGAACUGCGGGUUCGGGAGGCUCAUGGUGGCGGCCUCAUGGGACAUUUCGGCCGAGACAAGACCCUAAGUGUCCUGACCGACCAUUUCUUUUGGCCAAACAUGAAACGAGAUGUGGAGAACCUAUGCGCCAAAUGA